AUGAGUAAACCGUCUCCAAACUCACCCUCAAAUCAAGAGGGAUCAUUUGGAAGCGGUCGUUCAUCCGGAGCUUCUCCAAGCUCUGGAAAAAAUUCAUCAUUUAAUGCAUCAAAUUCCGAUUUAAGCAUGACUGAAAACGAUUUCCAGAUUAGGCUUCAAAUAUUGCAAAAGAAACAUGAAAAAGAAAUUGCUGCAUUAACAAAUGACUUAAAUCUUUCAAGAGAAGAAAACAUUGAAAAAUCAACAAAAAUCCAUCAACUAGAGAAUGAAAGAGAUUCAAAAAUUCAAGAACAGCAGCGCAUAAAUUCCGAGCUUGCUCGUAAAAACAUACAGCUUUCGACGCAAAUUGAAUCUUUUCUUGCAAUGCUUUCUUCAAAGACCGGAGAAGACAUCCAGUCUCUUAAAGAUGCAUCACUUGUUAUUAGCAACAUAAUUGCUCAAUCCGGUUCAACAAGUGAUUCCCUUGCAAGCAUCCAACAGGUAAAUAGCGAAAUGGGCGAAACUCUUGCCGCAUUUCAAGCCAAAUUACAAGAACUCAAGAGCGAAAAUAAGGCAUUACGCGCUUCUCUUAAGAAAGCUUCCUCUCAAUUAGAUCUUGCUCAAGGAAAUGAAGAUAUAAUUCAACCAUAUACCCAAAAGAUCGAAGAAUUACAGCGCAAAGCACAACUAGAUUUAGAGAAUUACCAAGAAGAUAUCGAAGAGCGUGAUUCCAAGAUCGAAAGCCUUAAAAAACAAGUUCAAACUCUCAGAAACCAGCUUCAGUACGAUCAAGACGUCCAAUCAGACAACUCCAAGCAAUUACAAGAGACUCAAAUGACCCUUCUCCAAGAAAAACUACAAAUGGCCAACGAUGAAUUAAGUCGCAAGCAAAAAGAAAGCCAAACAUUACAAGAAAACCUUACCAAGUCAGAAUCUAUUAUUGCUGAUCUCCAAAAGAAGGUUGAUGAUCUACAAAACGAGCUUUCUGACCGCGAUGAUUUUAUUUCUCAAACAAACGCCCAAACAGACGAUCUCAAGAAGAAGAAAGACAUUGCACGCGAAGCUCUUAAGACAUUUGAAGCAGAAUUAGCUUCAUCACGUACCAGAAUCCAAGAAUUAGAAUUACAUCUUUCAAUGUCCCAAGAAACCAUCAAAUCUCUUCAAUCCAACAAAGGAAUCGAAGAUACACGCAACAAAUACGUCGCCAGCUGCGAUACAGUUGCCACGCAAGAAGCAAAACUUCUCAGGGAAUCCCUUGAAAGUUUGGAAGAAGUUUUGAAGACACAAAGGCAAGAAAUCACUUCCUUAACCAAGCAAAGGACGGAACUCAUCUCCAGCCUCAUUUCCGCAGGCCAAGCGAUCGAAAAAGCUGAAAAAUUAACAUCCGAAAAGAACCAAAUUAUUUCGAACCUCAAAAUGAAUCUAAAAGAAGUUUCUCAAGACGACAGGCUUGCCAAAGAAAACGAAGAGUUCUCAGUAGCGUUCGAUAACAUCCUCGAACUAAUUCCGACAGAUUUGGUCGAUUAUGUCACUUCACUUCACACUUUUUCACCUCCAGAAAUUCUGACAAAAGUGGUCGAUGCUUUGGUCCAUCAUAAAAGUGACAGUUUACAAAACGAUGAUUCGAACUUAGAGCACAGGUAUAUCAGUAUGUUAUCGCACAUGAAGAACCUGAUAAACUUACUUAAGAAACUUACUAAAACAACUGGUCCAAGUACAGAAGAAAGACAGUUUAUGUUGAGACAAUGUGCAAUUGUCGGAAGAUAUUUAGAUGAAGAAAGUUAUAUGUUACCAAAUGAAGAGUUCUCGAGAUGCUCUUUAUUCGAUCCACAUGAAGUUAAUGAUCCUGAAAAGAUGUUGAAGAUUUUCUUCGAUUUCGUUGAUGAAGAUAAAAUCGACCAAACUCCUUUCAGAGAACUUUUCACUUUGUUUAGCUGUUUGAUACAAGUCAAUGUUAUGUUGAUGAGCAGCUCUGAUGAACUCAGAAAGGUAGCAGCAAAGUUCGCAGCUCAAAAGACAUUUAACAUGGAGUUGAAAUCAAAGAACAAAGAACUGGAAGAGAAAUUGGAAAUUGCUGGCCAAGAAAGAAUUCUUUUGACACCUGUUUUGUCAAAAUUCCUCGCGAAAGUUCCACAAGAAUUCGGAGAUUUGGUUAGAGAAUUCUGCGAAGUGAUGAAGGACGGACCACUGUCAACAGCUGAAGGACAGAGAUUGAAGAGCGAAAUAGAAGAAGCCAAAUUGGAAUUAAAGAAUACGAAACAGAAAUAUGAAGAAGAAAUUGAAAAGUUACAAAAAGAAAAGAAAGAAUUCUGUCAAAAAGCAAUGGAAAUCACUCAACAAACAGAUAAAGAAAUCCAUCAAAUGGCACAAGAAUUCAAUGCCCAAAUCGAUGAGAUUUCUACACAAUUGCAAAAUGCUAAAACAGAAAGAGAUACAAUGAUAAAUGAACUCGAACAAACUAAAAAGAGACAUAAUGAUGACAUGGAAAAUAAGAAACAAGAAAUUGGAGAAUUCCAACAUAGAUUGGAUGAUGCAAUCUCAAGGAUUAAAGCAACACAGAAAGAACUAGAAGACGCAAAAGUUGACGCAAUUAAAGCAAGAAACGACAAAGAGACAAUAACUAAAAACGCUCAACAAGACAUUGCAAAUUUGUAUUCCCAGUUGCAAAAAGAAAAACAAAGAAAAUUGAGAUUGAAAGAAAAACUGCAAAACAUCGAAGAAAACAACGUCAAAAUCAUAAACGACGUUCAACAAAGAGCUGAUUCCCUUGCAAACCAGUACGGAACAUCUUUGCAAAGACUGCAGGCUGAAUUGGAUUCAGAAAGAAGUAAAAAUAAGGAAUUGACAGAAAAAGUGACACAAUUAAAUCCAAUAAUUGAAGACAGCCUUAAACAAUUAUCUCAAUCGAGAGCAGCCGAGAAGAUGGCAAACUUGAGAGCAGAAGAUAGCAAAGCAGCAUUGGAACAGGAGAGAAUUAACAACCAAGCGAAGAUUAGAACAAUUUUGUCAACAAAUGAAGCGAAACACAAACAAAUUGUUGAUGAAAUGAAGGCAAACUUCAAUAAAGUGAAGAUGGCCGUUGCACUCGUUACUUCCAUUGACUACAACAAGUACAAUGACAGAGAAUUUGCUGAAAAUUCCCAGAAAAUUUUGUCAGAAACUUUCCAAAGCAGAGAUUCAGUCAUUGCAAGAGAUGCUUUCAAUUUGAGGAGAUCUCUCGCAUUGCCUGAUGAUGAGAACUUGUCUGACUUGUUCAAGGCAAUGCAGAACGAGUUGUUCACUGCUGAUGAAAGAGCUAAAAAGACUGAACAGAAUUUGUCAGAUUUGACAAAGAAAUCCGAUACAGUUUCGAGAGAAAACAAGAGAUUGGAGAAGUCAAGAGAAGAACUACUUGAAUGGAUAAGAUGGGGCAAAUCUAUAUUCAGGCAGAUCUCAGAUGUUGACGUCGCAAGUACAGCAACUCCAAGCGAAAUCAGAUUUUUGCUUGAAGAAAGAUUGUUGUCGUCAUUUAAUUACACGAAUAUCUGCAGGAAACUGGAUUUGUUGAGGACACAGAAGAGUUUGUUAGCAAACGGAAAGACAUUCUUGGCAACAAAGAAUUCUCUUGUAAAAUCAAUAAGACCAAUCAUUGUUUCUACUGUUUUCUGCAGGAUUUUGCAGGGAAUGAGUUGCUGCGUUCCAGCUCAAUUCUCUGUUCCAAAACCUGAGAAACCUGGAAAGAAGAGUGUAGUUCCUGUAGAGUAA